GUGCUUCUAGUCAGACAACAGCGGCUCACGAAAGACUUAACCAGAAAUGGCCCCAAUCACAAUCCCCAGUCAAAUGAAGGCGGUCGUCGCACCCAAAUAUUGCAAGCCAAAAGAUUAUACUAUCAGCGAGGUGCCGACACCGGAAAUUACAAAGCCAGAUGAAGUUUUGAUCCGCGUUUACGCCGCGGGGACGACGGUAGGCGAAACAUUAUUGGCCAACGGGAACUUUUCCAUCAUAACGAAUUCUAGCUUCCCAAUGAUAAUGGGCUUGGAAGGCUCCGGCGUCGUCGUUGCAGUCGGCAGAGACGUCAAAAGGUUCAAGGCCGGGGAUGAAGUCAUGGGUGGGAGUUGGACGCGACCAAUGAUUCCCCUGCAGUACGAGAAAUGGAUGGCAGAGUACACAGUGACGGCCGAGAGCCUGCUACUACCAAAGCCUGCCCACCUGUCCUUUGAAGAAUGCGCCGGCAUACUCGGCAGCGCCGUUACAGCCUACCAGUCUUUCCGGCGCGGGUUCGAGCUCAUGGGAGAAAAGUCAUUCGAGGGCAAGACAGUCUUUGUGCCUGCCGCGCUCUCCGCAACGGGAUCAAUUGCGGUGCAGAUGGCAAAGAACGUCUACGGGGCGGCUAGAGUCAUCAGCACUGUGUCGACGCCCAAGGUGUCUCUGGUCGAGAAGCACCUCCCGGGUGUGGUGGAUCAUGUGCUCGAUUACCAAAAGCAGGACAUCGUCAAGGAGGUGGGACGAGGGCAGGUGGACUUUGUAUACAACACGACUUGGCACAACUCGCAGGCAUUUCAGAUGCUAAAGCAGCAGACUGGUGUUAUGGUCUCCAUCGCGGCAGGUCCCACGGUCGAGCAGAUGCGGCUUGUGCUUGGGGAGAAGAUGGUGCCGUUUUGGGUUGUUUGGUUGAUCAACGUGCUUCAGUGGUGGUACGACUGGAAGCUGAGAGGAACCAACAUCAAGAGGGAUUUUGUCUCUGGGCAUCCGGGGGAUCGCCGGGAUCUGGAGGCGUGUGGUGAGAUGAUAGCGGCGGGAAAGAUCAAACCUGUCUCGAAUAUUGUGGGAUUUGAUGAUCUGGACGGUAUCAAGGAUGGGUUCACAAAGUUAUUUAAGGGCAAGGGUGGCUUUGGGUCAUUAGUUGUGAAAAUUAGGUAGGGGGGAGGAAGAGCCAAAACGACAUGGGAUGAUGGGCAUAACUUUUGUCUCGGCGAUCCGUCCCAGGUUGCGCUAAUUUCGUGGUGGGGGGAGCAACGCGCAAGGUUCGCCCGUCAGACCCCACAGGGCUUAAUUGAAUUCUCGCGUCAAGCCACUCGACGCGCUAAAUACUACGCGACUCGGCCGUGUUCCAGCACCACUUUCGUUUCUUUUAUAGGCGGAAGGUAUGUCCUCACUUGACAACCGGUUUUGCUUUCCCCAUUUCCCAAAAACUGUCCACAUACCUCACACCUCAAUUACCAUCCAUCUCGAUCCAAACUUAAGCACGCGACACUCAAACUGCCAGCAGCAUUCAGACAAAUUUUUGAAUAGUUUUGUAUAGCAUUGAAUUUCCAAACUCGAAAAAUAUCAACCUACCUACCUUAUUCUCUUUUCUCUUCACAAUGGCCAUUCUCAAAAGGAAGCGAUCCGAAUCGGAGCUGUCCUUCAGCAGCCAGCUCUCCUCACCUCCUCGACCGGGUGAUGCCUACUUUGCGUUCCCCGUAACUCCAAUUGGACUGUCGUUUUCGACGCGCUCCAGCAACCCGUCACAUCUCAACAGUCGCACUGUAAAGCGUCACCGUGACAACCGGCCAUCUGAGAACGAAGUACAUCAACAUACUUUGGAACUACUCUACUCGGCGAGGGAUGUCCCCAGCGAGCAUCUGCAACACGCGCAACAACGGGCACACAUUCAACCACCAGCAAACUUUGCAUCUACGCAGCAACAAUGCCAACAACAAACACCUGCCACAAGGCAAACAUCUCUUCACAGCUUCUGGAACCUCCCUAGGACGAGCUCAAAGGCAACGGCCAUGAUUUCUUCUUUAUCGCCCAGCACCGACUUGGGCUCAUCUAGCUGCGAAGACUGUGGAAGCAGAUUGAGGAGCGACGACGGCAUGAUGGAUGUUGACGACGAUGGGUGUGGAAGUGCCGAGGGUUGCAGCUGCAACGCGUGCGGCAAGGUUGUGUGCUUCUCUUGUUCCGUCGGCAACCUGGGCGAACACAGACGAUGCUUGAUGUGUGCAGGACGGGGAAAUGGAACGAGUCGUUUGGGUUGGAAUGGUUUAUAAAUCAAGGGGCAAAGGGCUUUUGUUUGGUAUUUUGAAGGCGCAGAGCGAUAGUAUGAAUGGCUUGGGUUUGGGAUAUUCUUGGGAUCGGGUAAGUAGCGUGGCGUUAGGUACUGCUCCGGUUAUAUAGUGUUUGCUGCAGCUGCUUUUGUGGCAGUUAUAAGGGCUCGCUGAAAGUCCA